AUAUGGAGGGAGCCUCCAUGAUGCUUUUGCAUUGUGUUAAUUAGUAUUAGAGUCGAAACUUAAUUUCACACUUUGAUCUCAUUCUUCAAUUAAUGGAGUUUGAUCAGCUUCCUGGCUUUAGAUUCCAUCCUACUGAAGAAGAACUCUUAGAUUUCUACCUCAAAAAGAUGGUAUUGGGAAAACAAAUUCAAUAUUCUGAUAUCAUUGCUUUUCUCGAUAUUUAUCACCAUGAACCUUGGGAUUUGCCAGGGCUGGCAAAGAUAGGGGAGAGAGAGUGGUAUUUCUUUGUGCCAAGAGAAAGAAAGCAUGGGCAUGGUGGAAGACCCAACAGAACCACUGCAAAUGGUUAUUGGAAGGCAACUGGAUCCGACCGCCCCAUCCGAUGCUUAACGGAUCCUAAAAGGUUACUUGGCCUCAGAAAGACUCUGGUUUUCUACACCGGCCGAGCACCCAGAGGAUCCAAAACUGAUUGGGUCAUGAACGAGUACAGAUUGCCCACCACCUGCUCUAUCCCUAAGGAGGACAUAGUGCUUUGCAAGAUAUACAGGAAAGCAACGUCGUUGAAGGUUUUAGAGGAAAGGGCAAGUAUAGAAGAGCUUGCUAGGGCAUCACAACUCACAUCUUCAUUAUCUCUCCCAGAAGAAGAUGCUCUUUCUUGCUAUGACCAGCAAAUGAACUUUGGUCACUGUAUAUAUUUGCAAGACACUGUUGCUCAAGAAGUAGAACAUCAAAAGUGGCAUUAUUAGAUUUAUCAGUUCAGUAGAUUUGCUUUUUAGUAUUUUUUUUUCUCUCUCUCUCUCCAAUAGAGGAAGAGAUGCAGCUGCUUUUUGUUCUGUUUGAAUUGGAUAAUUGAUCUAUGUUGGCUAUGGGCUCAAAAAGAGUUACAUACCAAUAUAAGAGAGUGUAAUUAAUUGGGUAUUUAAUAAUUUACUUUUCUAAUUUAA